AUGGCAGUUAUAAACAAAUGGGCCAAACCCCACUUGUUAAAUAGAAGCGGGUUGUUUUGCACGGUGCGGUGGCCAACAGGGGGGACGCGGGCGUGGUGAGAGUCAGGAUCCGGGAGGGGGCUGCUGUCCUUCCUGCACGCCUGUGGCCUCAUUCCAAGUUUCCUCUUAAGUAAAGAUGGACGCGAAAGGGUAGCGUUAGGACAAAUAAUGGCACAGUUUACUUCAGCGCAUCAUGGACGCGCCAUUGUGCUCCGCGUAACCCAGUAGAGGGAAUCUACUUCCUCUCUGUUUGGAUUUUGCAUCACUAUAACGAAGAAGAAGAAGAAGAAGGGGGACUGGACUUUUGUGCGACCACCUGAAGAAAGAGCCAUGGUGGAGCCGAGGGGACGAAAGGGUAGAUUUACUUCAUGAGGAGGUCUGUGUCGAUCCUGGAUCCUUUUGUUCAAAGUGUCUUGGACCCUGAGGGUGGGUCGCGAAGUUCACAUCAACAGGGCCAACAAUAACAACAUGCUUCUGGCCUCUGCCGUGGUGGUGUGGGAAUGGCUGAACGAACACGGCCGGUGGCGGCCCUACAGCCCCGCCGUCUCCCACCAGAUAGAGGCGGCCAUCCGGAGCAGCGACCCCCGCGGAGGGAGCGUGGUCCUCGGCCAGGUGGACAGCUGGCUCUCGCCCUACAUCAUAGAUCUCCAGUCCAUGCACCAGUUCAGACAGGACACAGGAACCAUCCGUCCGGUGCGGAGGAGUUUUUAUGACCCGGCCUCGGCCCCUGGUCAGGGCUGGCAAUGGGAGUGGGAAAACGAUGCGGGUACGUGGACGCCCUACGACAUGGAGGUCGCCAUCGCCAUUGACAACGCCCACAACCGCCAGCAGCCCUGCCUCGACCUGACACCACUUGGCUUCUGCUACCUCAUUGAUUUUCAGAACAUGACACAGGUGAACAGACAGAGCCAGAGGUGUCGGAGGAUUCAGAGACGUGCUGACAUGGCCUUCCCUUUAGUAUCUGGUCCUCUCCCAGUACCCAAAGGAGGAGGUGGAGGCCUAACAGGAGCCCUGCUGGGUGUUGGGGUGUCAGGGACCAGCAUGGGGAUUGGAAGCUCUGUCUACCCUAAUGGGGGCUUACCAGCUACUGGACUGGGCCACCCUUGUUCCUGCCAGCAGUGCAUGCUGGUCCUUAGUGUGAAGACCAACACAGGAGGAUCAGGGGGUGGAGGAGCAGGGAUACAGACUCUUAGUAGACGCUCACUAACAAUGCAGAGGCCCAAGAACUCAGCACCCAUCACCUCCAAACCUCUGAGUCCAUCUAAAUCAGCCACUCUGGGACGAGGACAGCAGCAGAACUCCAACUCCAACUCCAACUACUAUCAGACACUGCCGCACGGCCUCGCCAUCUCCAAAAACAUUGCCUCUCCACGAAGGAACGCCCAGCUCUUCGCUCAGUCGCUGGCCGCCCUCACCGCUGGCACCUCCUCUAUGGGUAUCUCUUCGCCUGCCAACCGGCCCCCUCCGCCAUCCCUCCCGCCUCCUCAGCCUCCAUCAUCCAACCCAAAUGUGAUCCCUCCUCCCGUUCCGACCAAGCUCUCCACAUCUUCAGCCAACGACGCAGUGCCAACCGCCACAUUAAUUACCCCUGCCAACAGGGUGACCACGCCCCCUUCUCCUGUGCCCUCUCCGUCGCCUGUGGUGAUGAAGCCGCAGCGCACGCCAUCGUCCGUGGCAACAGUGUGCCAUGCCCCAUUGCCGCAGAGAUCAAGCUUAGCCGGGCUGAGCAGACCAGCGUUACAGAGGAUCGCAAUGGCCCAGUCCAGAGCGCUCAUAGCAUCAGGCGUACCCACCGUCCCAGUGAAGAACCUCAAUGGAUCCAGUCCCGUUCACCCUGCACUGGCCGGGAUCACAGGGAUCCUGAUGAGUGCUGCCGCGCUGCCCGUGUGCCUGACCAGGCCCCCUAAACUCGUGCUGCACCCUCCGCCUGUCAGCAAGAGUGACAUCAAACCCGUGCCAGGCCUUGGCCACUGCUGCAGGAAGACCACCAAGAAACAGGCGCGCAAGGGUAAAACUCCGGAGGAGGUGGUGAAGAAGUACCUGCAGAAAGUAAAAAGUCCACCCGAGGAGGACUGUACCAUCUGUAUGGAGCCGUUGGGGGGUCCAUCUGGAUAUAAAGGUCCAGGGGUGGGGCCCGUGUCUCGGGCGGAGUCAGUCGGGCGACUGGCACAGUGUGGACACCAGUACCAUUUCCAGUGUCUGGUGGCCAUGUAUAAUAAUGGCAACAAGGACGGCAGUCUUCAGUGUCCCACCUGUAAAACCAUCUAUGGCGUGAAGACAGGCAACCAACCGGCAGGGAAGAUGGAGUACCACGUCAUCCCUCACUCUCUACCAGGGCAUCCUGACUGCAAAACCAUACGCAUCAUCUACAACAUACCGCCAGGCAUUCAGGGACCAGAGCAUCCGAACCCAGGGAAGCCCUUCACUGCCAGAGGCUUUCCCCGACACUGCUACCUCCCAGACAGCGAGAAAGGACGCAAGGUACUGAGACUGCUCCUGGUGGCGUGGGACCGCAGGUUGAUCUUCUCAGUCGGUACUUCGAGCACUACAGGAGAGUCUGACACCGUCAUCUGGAACGAGGUCCACCAUAAGACCGAGUUUGGCUCCAACCUGACAGGCCACGGUUUCCCCGACCCCGGACACCUCGACAACGUCCUGGAAGAGCUCCGAGCUCAGGGCAUCACAGAGGACGACGGACUGAUGGAAAAGUGAAAGGACAGCAGGAGACGUCGUGUGAGAGCAGUGAAGGGUGGAAGGGAGAGCGAGGAGUAGAGGACGAGAAGCGGGCCUGAAUGAAAAUAACCGGAGCCGGAGGAGGAAAAGGUCCUGGACCGAGACACACACACUCUCUCUGCCAGCACUUAAAAGGACAUUGAUUUAGUUCUGCAGACAGAACCACUUUUCAAGAUGUUGAUUGAGUCACUGCUGCGUUUGCCUGUCAGUGCGAGUCUGGCCAAACUUCCCAGUUUUCAAGCAAGCAGGUCAGCGCAAGUGGGAGGGAGUCUGAGGAAGCUGCAGCACAGAGAAAGACGAGCAGCGCAGAGGAGGAGGAGGAGGGGAAAAAACCCGCAGAAACAAUGAUGGCACUCAUGGUUUCAGCUAAUAGCCAGCUAGGUACUAAAUGUUGACAGGGUUCAGACAGGACGCCUCGCCAUCUGAGGCCAUAGCUUUGGUGUCUGGUCUGUACUCGCCGCCCCUCAAGCGAAUCUGGCAAGAAAUAGCAAUUCAGUUUCGGCCGAUUUUGCGCGAGGAUUGGCAUAUCGAGGCGCCUCCGUCUGAACCGCGGUCUAAGAAUGAAUCGGUACUAAUAUUUAGGGCCACAACACGUUUACUUUACUUAGCGAAAGAGUACUACGAGUAACCAGGAAAGAUGGUAACAUGUUAGAGCAGUUCAACGAACACUGAGAGGACGAAGGACAAAGAAGGAAAGAGGUUGCAGCGGUGGGGGAGGGGACAGACAAAGGAGAGCAGGAAUAACGGACUAGAAAGAGGGAAAGAUGGUGGAUGAAUGUAGCGUAGGAUAGGAGUAGAGUAAAAUUAACUUGGAUGGUACUUAACAGGUGCUUAAGCUAUCGCUAAAAACAGAAGGAAACCAGGAGUGCUGAAGAGAGACUGCUGCUUUGUUCAAACCACCUGCUGCUCUGUGGGGAAAGUUUAGUGCUGCUGCUCCCUCUUGUGGUGAUACUGAUGAACUGCACCUCAGCCUUCCAGCUACCAGAACAAAUCAAAACGUUGCUAUGAGUUAUCCACCUGUGUUACGUUUACCCAUUUAACACAUUCCAUACUUUACCUCUUACUUUUGACUUGAUGACCCAGGCUCUGUGUGUUUAUGAUUGUGUGUGAAAUGACAAAAGACCAAAUGGAGGCCUACUAUUUUGGGCCUAUUUGGAAUCUUACUAUUGAGCCAAGUUAACCUUAGAUUCAACAGGUACCAGUAUUUACUUAUCUUUGUUUUUUAUUUUUGUCCCUUUUGACGGUUCAUAUGGUUUAAGUGGAUUCCGUCGUAACGCCUGUGAGAAAAUGUGAGGAUGUGAAGAAAAGCCCGGUGAAUAUGAGCAUUUUAGGUUGCCUAGAAUUGACUUGCUUCAGUGCCUAAGAUCUGGCGACAUGGGCGACAAACAUCCAAAACUUGGAUCUGUGUACGGGCCAUGCAAAUUAUUAGAGGGAAUUAUGGGAAGACAAACAAAAUGGGAGGGCGCCCGGGAGAAUUGGCAGAGUUGGCAGGUAAUUGGCUGGUCUCACAGCCAUGAAGGACCCUCAGAUUGGGCAGGGGGUUGGAAGGUUGGGGAGGAUGGAGAGGACAAGAGGUAGACCUGCAGCAGAGGUCGUGGGCCUGGUCUGCACAAACACACAGUACUGAGAAGAAGAAAAAAAGUCUUAGUUUUAGUUGGUCUAUCUUGACAACCAGUCAAGGACAGUGGGACUGGUAAACCGAGAUCUCCUCUUCAUAUCCUGACUGACCUUCAGCCCGCUGCCCGGUCUCUGAGCUGGGUCUGUAAACCCCUUAUCACAGUGUGUGUGUGUGUGACGGUACUCCCUGUCCUUCUUUAUUAUGUUUUUAAUAUUAAAUAGUUACACUUUUGCUUUUUAAUAGCAGUUUCUUGAUACUGUUAUAGAGUAAAUUGCCUUUUUUUUUUCAUUUUGUACAUUUCCGUUGUGUUAAUUCUGCCUCCCUUUUUCAUUUUGUUACGGCUGGUUUACAGAGACGGGAUCGGUGAACGCUGUCUUGUUGUCAUUGUGUACAGACUUUAAGCUGAUUUGCAUCAUCUUUUCUUUGGAAAAGGAAUUUGAUGGUAGACUUUUAUCUGAGUGUGAAAUGUAAUGAAUUUUAAUAGCAAGUCUAACCCUUGUACACUUGCUCUCUCCUGUGAGGGUAUUUUCUACAUAUCAUGUGUCCUGCCGCUCUUCUGCACUGAGCCUUUUAAUGCCUCCUGGAGCUCUCAACAUUUGUGACCCUGGAAGGUUUCAUGGCAGACUUGUUGAUGGAUAUUUUGGUUUUAGUCUCACGCUCACAUGCAGAAUUGUUCAAGUGCCGGUGUCAUGAUGAAAAUGAUGAUUCUUUUAAACUCAAACGUUAUAAAAUCGCAGUUUCCUCUUGUGUUGUGCUUUUGGCCCAAACACUGCACAAUGACUCUGGAAAUGCUGAUUUUGUAUGAUUAGUAAGUCACUUAUGUUGAUUAUAAUUAGUCUUUUUUCUUUGACUUUGAUUUCUAAACAGUGAACAACAAAUUUAAAUAAAUGGCAUUACUGGUUAUUUCUAUAACCGAGUCUGAUUUGGACAUGCUUUUUGUUAUUGCAGCGGUCAAAGGUGUGUCCGUGUAUUGUGUCUGAAGCCAUGUGAGCAAUGUAGCAAACAGCCGUGAGCGUAAUUCACCAUUUCAGUAAAUGUGGAUUUUUAUCCUUCAUCCCCACUGAAGGCGAUAUCUCCUUCAGACGUCUGUUUUUUUUUUUUUAUGACGGGGGUUGUGAUCAUAUGUGCUGGGAUGGGAGAGUGAGCAUCACCACGUGAGAACAAAAGUGUAAAUACUGCAGAACAAUUGCUGGAGUAUGAGUGAUUAAUACAAGAAAAAAAUAAAGACGGAAUGAAACUUG